AUGUCCAGAACAAACCUGAGAUCGUUCGUCGUCGAGCGACUAACAGCAGCAGCUGAGGAGAUAGUAGGAGCUUUCGAGAGGACGAUAGAGGAGUAUGAGGACGAGAGAGAUCGACAGAGGAGACUGCUGGACAUGGUGUUGAAGCCCAGGAUCACGUUACACAGAAUAGACUUUGUACAGUUAUCUGAUCAGCAGUGUCAUGAGCAGGAGGGGAGCCCCAGUCUGAUCAAGGAGGAACAACAGGAACUCUGGAUCAGUCCACAGGAAUACCAGCUUCCAUUGCAGGAUGUAGCUGAUACCUCUGAGUCCAUAUUUACCCCUCUUUGUGAUGGAAAUGAUGAUGGUAAAGGUCAGCCUCUGCCCUCACAACUCCACCAAUCUCAGACAGAGGGAGACACUGAGCCCCCAGCUGUCACUUCAUUUGAACGGAUAGAACUGGAUGCCAAAGAAGACAACUUUUUAAUAUCAGAACCAGCAAGUGACCACCACACCCUCUCUAACUGUUGUCAUGUAAUUAAGAGUGAAGCUGACCAUACUUACAGUCGUCAAAACUGUGAGGAAGCGGAUUCAAAUCGGAAAGCAAGGCUGAAACCUCACAAAAAUCCCUACAACAAGUGCAAGAUUUGUGGGAAAGUGCUUUAUAAUUUGGAAGUUUUUAGAAUUCACAUGACAUUUCACACAGGGGAAAAGCCUUUCAAAUGCACCACUUGUGGGAGAGAUUUUACCUGUAAGUACAACAUGGAGAGGCAUACAAGGACUCAUGCAGGGGAGAAGCCAUUCAGAUGCACCACGUGCAGGAAAAUGUUUACCCAUGAGUCAAGUUUUCAAAGGCACAUAAGGACUCAUACAGGGGAGAAGCCCUUCAGAUGCACCACGUGCGGGAAAAUGUUUACCCAGAAGUCAAGUUUACAAAGGCACGUAAGGACUCAUACAUGGCUGAAGCCAUUCAGAUGCACCACGUGCGGAAAAAUGUUUACCCAGAAAUCAAGUUUUCAAAGGCACAUAAGGACUCACACAGGGGAGAAGCCAUUCAGAUGUGCCACAUGUGGGAAAAUGUUUACUUGGAAGUCACAAUUCCAAAUGCAUGUAAGGACUCAUACAGGGGAGAAGCCAUUCAGAUGCACCACAUGCGGGAAAACGUUUACCCAGAAGUCAAAUUUACGAAUACACGAAAGGAGUCAUACAGGGGAGAAGCCAUUCAGAUGCACCAUGUGCGGGAAAAUGUUUACCCAUAAGUCAAAUUUUAAAAUCCACAUAAGGACACAUACGGGGGAGAAGCCAUUCAUAUGCGCUACAUGCGGGAAAAUGUUUACGCGGAAGACAAGUUUACAAAUGCAUGUAAGGACUCAUACAGGGGAGAAGCCAUUCAGAUGCACCACAUGCGGAAAAAUGUUUACCCAUAAGUCAAAUUUUCAAACGCACGUAAGGACUCAUACAGGGGAGAAACCAUUCAGGUGCACCACGUGCGGGAAUAUGUUUACCCAUAAGUCAAGUUUUAAAAGGCACAUAAGGACUCAUACAGGGGAGAAGCCAUUCAGAUGCACCAUGUGCGGGAAAAUGUUUACCCAUAAGUCAAGUUUUAAAAGACAUGUGACGACUCAUUCAAGGGACACGCCAUUCAGGUGCUUGGAUUGUGGAAAUGGUUUCAGCUCAGAAUGGCAUCUCAGACGACACGCUGUGAUCCACAAAGGUGAGAGGCCUCACAGCUCACUGCAGAAAGAAGUUAACUGA